GGUGGCAUGCACCCAUGGCACACAGGGUUGUACAGCUGCCCAAAUCUUGAGGAAAUAGAGUGCCCUUUGACUGAAAGCUGCCACAGCGGCACAGAAGAGGAAAGAAGCACUUGAACAGAUUGUUAGUGGGAAGAGCAAGGAAAAGAUACAAGGCUAAAGGAGCUGAACGUCUCGUUUAUGAAGCUGCUGAUGACAGUUCUCACCCAUGUUGCAAGAAGGGGAAGAAGGAACGGGUUUUUGCAGAGUAAAACCCACAGUGCAUGAAAUACAAGCAGUAAGCGCAAAGAGCUCAUUAUGUCCAGUUUUAGAUCUUUCCCUUUGAUGCUCUGUGUGCUGCUAGAUUUCUUCAUGUGGUCACAUCGGGGUGUUCAUUCUUUUGGGCUCGAUCACUGUAUCCUUUCCGCUGACAGACCAGGCCUUGCUAUAUGUAGUGACCAAGCCAUCUUCAACUUGAGUUCUGCCAUCUUCCAUCUGCCCAAUUCCACUCAUUGGCUCAGAGCCUCCAACAACAAAGUGACAGAUCUGACCUCAACCACCUUUACCCACCUUUCUGACUUGUUGGAACUUUACCUGGACCAUAAUAGUAUCUCACACAUUGAAUCUAAUGCCUUUCAAAGCCUAGGGAACCUGGAGGUGCUUGAUUUGAGCUGGAACCAGCUGGCUUCCGUGGGGUCCUCCAUGUUGGCCAACCUAAGGAAUCUACGUGAGCUAUUCUUGGGUAACAACAAAAUUACCACUCUGCACCCCAAUUCUCUCAUGUCCCAGGUGGCUCUCCAGGAACUUCACCUUCCCAACAAUAAUCUCUCUAAUCUCCAAGUGGUGGCAACAGCUAUGAAAGGCUUGCUCAAUCUCACCUUCCUUGAUCUGGAUUCCAAUCAGAUCUCUGUUCCAUGUAUGGGCCCCAGUUGGAUUACCUUUCCUUUCCUGAGGAACCUCAGCUUAAACAACAAUGGGAUAUCCAGGCUGGACUUGUCCAACUGUUCCUUCCCUAACUUGCAACAACUCAACCUAACCUAUAAUAAUAUGUCAGAAGUGGGGGCCAGAUCCUUCCAGGCCACCCCUGUUUUGGUGGAGCUGUCCUUGGACAUGAACCCCCUAAAGAUAUCCCAGCUUAACAAUGCAACUCUUCCUAACCUAACCAUGUUGCAUUUCUCUAGUACAAAACCAUCAUUAAAUGAGACCUUGCCAGCAGCUUGCUCCUUCUUCCAAGGCCACCCAUCUUUGACCUCUUUGGACAUCAAGCAUUCAAAAAUUAAUGUCACUCAGCUGAUCCAGUUGGGUUCCUGCACUAACCUCACAUGGCUGGAUCUGUCUACCACAGAAAACAAGUACCUGGACAAGGAGGUCUUUACAACAUUUCAAAGCUUGGAGUUCCUGUCUCUGGACAAGUGCAAGGUGCUGCGGCUCAGCUCUAGGGCUUGGGGGAAGCAGAUGCGGCUACGUACACUGAUCCUGAGGAGAAAUGCUAUCUCUCAAUUGCAGGAAAAAGUCUUCUAUCCUUUGAAGAAUUUGAGCUAUUUGGAUCUGUCGAAGAACCGCCUGACCAAUCUCCAGCAGCGUUCCUUUUUCGGCAUGGAGGCAUUGCGUACACUCAUCCUGCAGGGCUGCCAGAUCACAGCUGUUACCCGCAACACCUUCCAUUAUGCUCGUAAAAUGAAGUUCUUGGACUUGAGGGAUAACAGCAUCAAACUACUCAAGGAUAAUGCCUUUUUGCUCAACCACAUGGUGACUCUCUUGCUUUCAGGCAACAAAAUUCUCACUAUCAAAAGGCGUGCCUUUGUUAAACUCAACUCCCUGAAAUAUCUGUACCUAGACCAUAACUUGCUUUACAAGCUAUCUCUGAGAGUCUUUGCACCCCUCAAAAAACUAGAAACCUUGGACCUCGGUCACAACUGCCUCUUUACUUACAACAAAUAUGAUUAUCCGUCCCCUUUUGUUGGCCUCCUCUCCCUUCGCAAGCUGGACCUUAGUUUCCAGAGACCUAGACAACCCAUCUGCCCCACAAACAAAGUCUUCCAAGGCCUGGAAAGCCUACAGUAUCUCUCCUUGAAGGGCAACCCCAGUAUAUUAUUCUUUAACCUCACAUUUGUCAACCUGACUAGCCUAGAGUCCUUAGACCUCUCUGAAAUUCAAUUUGGUUAUAAUGACUCUUGGAAACCCCAUCCAAAUAUCUUCCAAGGCCUGAGUAACUUAAGUCGACUGUGGAUAGAAGGCAGCGCCAUCCAGGACCUGCCUGAACAAGUAUUUUCUGGUUUGCCAUCUCUAGAGCAGCUCUCUCUUAGCAGGAAUGACCUGAGGACCAUCAGUAAAAAACUGGUUGGCGGGCUCUCCUCCCUGAAAUAUCUGGAUGCCUCUGGGAAUCCCCUGACAUGCUCCUGUGAGAAUGCCUGGUUCCAAAAUUGGUCUGUGUCUGAACCGAAUAUCCAGGUGCCCUUGCUGGGUGCUUAUCAUUGCUUUAGCCCUGGCACAAUUGAUCGUCUCUUUGCUUAUGAAGACAUGUCCUUCUGCUUUGAGAACUGGGGAAUAUACUUCUUCAUUGCCACCACUGUGAUCACUCUUUCAUUUCUGCUUACUGUUUUGGUCUAUGCCAAGUUUGGUUGGACCCUCAGGCAUGGUUACUACUUGUUGAGGGGCUGGGGCUACAGGCGUCUGCGUCAGAAAGGACAGAAAUACCAGUAUGAUGCCUACAUUUCUUGUUGUAGUCAGGACUACGAAUGGGUGGUGAAGAAUGUUGUAGAAAAGCUGGAGAUGCAGGGAGAACCUGGUUUGCGGCUCUGCUUUGGGCCUAGAGAUUUUGCCCCUGGAGAAUAUUACAUUGACAAUGUUCAGAAUGGAAUUAGCCAAAGCCACAAGACCUUAUGUCUGGUGAGCAACAACUACCUGGAAAGUGAGUGGUGUUCACUGGAAAUUCAGCUUGCUUGUUCCAAGAUCUACUACCAUGGACAGGACCCUCUGGUUGUGGUCUUUAUGGAGGAAAUCCCUAAUUACAGGUUAUCUCCCUACCAUCGCCUAAGGAAACUGAUCAAGCAAGAGAGCUACUUUACAUGGCCUGAGGACCCUGAGGCUGAGAAUGUAUUCUGGACCAGGCUACGUGAGGCUUUGAGAUGUGGAGAGCAAGAAAGAGCGGAUCUGCAGUUCAAUGUAGCUGGGUAGAUGACGGCAAUGAAGGAAAACACAGUGGUUGGCCUUACUGGUAUUAGUUAACCUAGAACGACAUGAAGCAGGGCAGAUACUGCUAUUGCCACCACCAACUCAGGAUUAGGGUUGCCAGGUCUCCAGUUUUCACCUGGAGAUUCUGGUGUUUGGGGGUAUUCUCCAGGGGGGGUAUUCUCCAGGUCUGUGGGUGAAUCACCCCAAUCUCCUGCCUCUUAGCUUUCAUUAAAAAAAAAGUUCCUAGGUGGUGUAUAUUAAGAGAUAUACACCAAAAUGUCAGCCCCCCUUUUGUUAAAUGAGCUAAUAGCCAGCUGCUGGAAUCCCCGCCUCUUCAGGUUUUUAGCCAGUGUGAAGUCCAUGCACUAUAAAUAUCUUUAUGGAUUGUGUAAAAUAAUAAACAUCUUUGACAGUCAUGCUUACAUAAAUAUUUCUUCAUACUAUGUCUCAAUAAGUAUCUGAUUUCACACUAUGGUUGUACAUCAUUAUUUCCUCUGCAUUUUAAGUGUGCCCAUCUUCCUUGGGGUGGUCAUAAUCCCCCUCUGUUGUUUUCACACUGAGGGGAAGAUUAGGCCGAGAGUCAACUUUGUAGCUGAUUUCCAUUUUAAAAAUUAAUUAAAAUGAUUUAUAUGCAGGCAAAGUUUAUGAAGUAAUGCAGAUCCACAUAAUACAUUUAAAGCACAUCCAAUUUGCAUCUAAGACGCAUGACUUCCCCCAAGAAUCCUCACAGUUAUAGUUUCCCCUCACAGUUAUAGUUCCCCACCACCCUCAACAAACUACAGUUCCGAAGAUUCUGUGGUGAGAUUCAUGUGCUUCAAAUGUAUGUUGAAUGUGCUUUAAAUGCAUGGUGUGGAUUUGCCCUAGGUAUGUUGUGCAUUCAUUAAUGAACUGAAAAGAACAAUUUUAAAAGCACACCUUGAACUUGGCCUGGUAACAAAUUGGCAACCGGUGCAGAUUUCAGAGCAGGGGUAUUAUUGCUGACAGGGUCUAAUUCAUGUUAGUAAUUGUGCCACAGCAUUCUGCACUAACUGCCGCCCCCAGAUCAGGUUGUGCUGCAUGGGGAUUUCUAUGACCUUGGCUGACUGGCUCCCAGGAUUAUUUUAAUUUUUGGUUUUGGGUUGGGAACCCUGACUGGUUGUGGGAUGCUGAGUUUUCUGCCUUACUCAUAGGAAUAUUGUUGUGGUUGGUAUGGUAUUGCAUUUAGGAAAUCACUGUUUUUUGUUUUUGUUUUUCUAUUUGCAUUUCAUUAACCUCUGAACUCACUCCCUUAUACCCAUAGAAGCAACUAUAGUGGUGCCAUGAUGCUCAGGUCAACCCCCUUAAACCCACUGAUGAUGUACCUUGUUGGUUGCAUGACGGUUUGUUUCUUGCCCAAUAGUAAUAAAAGAGAAUCACAUACUGGGAAGUGUGGCUGCAAUUGCUGUUGUUCCCAAGCUGCUGCCUGUGAAGGUAGACCAAACCAUAUGUGUUUGCUGUCUUUCAAUUAUUACUCAUUGGAAUUGGGUUGGCUGUCAAAGUGAGUUUAUAGCAGCCCAUAGGGUAGGUGGGAAAUGAUAUAAAAUCUUCUUGCUCAUUUCUCAAACCUCUCACUGCAGCAAAGGGUCAAGUCUGUAAAGAGAUUUGAAGCAGCCACGUUAAAAGGCAGGGGGAGAGCAUUCCAGGCAGGGAGUUGCUAACACUGCUUGGAUAUGGAUAUCUUUGCAGAGGAUCCCUAGUCAUGCCAUACUAACAGCACAAUCAUAACCAUAUCUACUCAGAAGUGAGUUCUAUGGGGCAUAGUCCCUUAGUAAGUGUUUAGAAUUGCAACCUUCAGUGGCAUCUGUGAUGUUCCUGCUUAUAGUGUAAAUAUGGUAAGUGCUGUUUAUAUAAAAGACAUAUGGUAAGUGGGGUGAAAGAGGAGGGAGUACAUGAGCAGUAGAAUGCUGGAUGAUUGGCUGAGCGUUUGAACGGCUGGGAGUAUAAAUGGAAGAAUGACAGUUGAAUCUGGGUGGAUGUUGGGAGUGUGGAGAAAGAGGUGUUUGAGGGUGGGGGUCAGGAGUGUGGAGAAAGAGGGAGUUGGAGUUCUGAUUAAUAAUAAGUCAAGUACAAAACAGGAAUAGAUGAAACCAUACGCUUGUGAAACAUUCUAAAACUAAUCUUGUUAUUUCUGAUAUUUAAUAAAUACUUAUUUGGUUUACCAAAGGCCUGAUCCUUGGCUGGGGGAUAUACAGACCAGAAGGGAGGGCAAGGUAAUUACCAAGGCUGAACAGAAACAGUAUCUAAUGGUGGCAGCGGUGAAGGGAGGAAUAAUAACAAUUCAAGUAUCCAGAGCAACCCAGAGUUGUAUGCGUUAUCUAUAAAGAUACAAGGGGGUUGGGAACAGCAUAAGCACGCAGUCACAAAAGUAACCAGCUAGAGAGAGACUCAGGCAAAGUCUCUGGGAGUAUUGGUUAUAGGACGUGACUGGUGGUGCUGCCUAGCAGGGGGAUCUAGUGAGAUCUGUGCUAGAGCGGAGUGAGAAACCAUAUAAAGGACGUUCUGGACUGGUGGUAUCCCUGGUGGUGCCUAGUGAAAGGCAGUAGCCACAAGCAGGUGGGAACCUGACAGGGAGAACCAGGGAAGGACGUCACAGCAUCCAUCUUUACUUCUGAGUGCUCCCAUCUGACAUUUCCACAACACUAGGCUCCCUUCUUCCUACAAUGGCCUUCUGGUGGCUCUCCAGGAGGGCACUUCAACCCUUCUUGCCAAAAGUAAGUAAACUAGAUUAAAUGUUCCCUGUCCAAGCUCCCUAAGCAGGUGAAAAUGAAUGAUCCUGUCACUUCAGCUGGACUUGGGAACACCCUCUUUUAGCUAAGAUUUCUAUCUUAAUUUCCAAUCACACAUUUUUUUUGUUUGAAUUGUAUGCUCCAAGCAACUGUGGUUGAUGCUUAAUGUAUCCUGCUUCACUAGGGCCCGCCUUAUGACAUCAGUAGGGCCUGCUCCCAAAACCUCAGGGUUUGGGGUGCUUCUGACCUGAUAACCCUACUCAGGAUGCCAUUACACUUUAAUUCUGGAUGCCACAGUAUUUUUUUAAAUGAUGCUGCAUAAAAGAGUAUAUGGGACUUGUGGACUCACACUCAGGUGAUGGUAAAGUAUCUAUGGAGAACAAAGUAUACAAAUACUGAGUCUAGUAAGCUGAUGCUUAACACUAUUACCUUAAACUUCACUAAAAAGAAUUAAGAUGUUUAUGUAUUUUUAAACAAAACCCUCAGGGAAUAAUCAAAAUAUUUUGGGGUAAUAUAAGUAUGUGUUCAAGAUUUAUUUGACUUUAAUAUAAUUACUGUAC